UUGGUUUGUGUUCUCCUUUCAGUCGUUGCCGAUGAGCACCUCUUCGCAGGAUUGGACGGUGAUCAGUACGUGAACGAUGUUUUUCCAAAGUUAGCGGUUAACUCGUACAAGCAAAACAGGCAGCACCAAAUAAUUGGCCCUGAUAACGGGGUGGACGUGGACCAAAGUGGUAACUUACAUGUAUUUCAUCGCGGCAGCAGGACAUGGAAUACGAAGUCGUUCAGCUUAGACAACCGCUUCAACCAUAUAAUAGAAGGACCGAUCAAGGAGGCCACUCACCUGGUGCUGAAUGGCAAAACUGGUACAUUACUGCAGAGUCUUGGUGCAAAUCAGUUUUACAUGCCUCAUGGCCUGACAUGCGAUAAACAGGGAAACGUGUGGUUGACUGAUGUUGCAUUACACCAGCCGACGCUGGUUCUUGGUGAAGCCUUUGUGCCAGGCUCAGAUCAGAAGCAUUUCUGCAAACCGACGGACGUCGCCGUUCUGGAAAGUGGGGAUGCCAUAUUUGUAGCUGACGGUUACUGCAACAGUCGCAUCGUGAAGUUUGACAGCAGUGGAAAGUACAUUCAGGAAUAUGGAGGAGACGGGGGUAAGCUAAGUUUCCGAAAGAUAGUAAGUAGUUUUUCAAUGUUACUGCAUGCAGUGUUCAAUGAAGCGAUGGCUCUGCCGGCUCUAGCGCAGCUGAACGUUCCUCAUUCGCUAGCAUUGUUCGAGAGCAUCAGCAUGUUGUGUGUGGCCGACCGCGAGAACCAGCGAGUGCUGUGCUUUUUGAUCGGGUCAUAUCCGUUUUCCGGCAAGGUUUUGGUAGAAAAGGACGGCCUCGGCAGGGUGUACGCCAUCUGUUCGUCCGGUAAUACAGUAAAAGUGAAGCACGAAAAGUUCGGCGGCCAGCUGUUCGGCGUCAGCAGUUUCGACGACGAAGACGAGAGUACGCUGUUCGAGAUCAACAUGAACACUCUGGAAGUAGGAUUUCACACACCAAACGUUGUCCAUGCCCACGAUAUUGCGGCCGACAAAGAAGGAAAUUUAUACAUUGCAUCCAUGAAUCCAAACCAGGUGACAAAACUGCUAAAUAUGGCAGCUUAAAU